AUGCGUGAGACAGAGUCCAACAGAAUCCAACAGAUCUCGUCAUGCCUGCCGCAUGCUGGACCUCAGACGUACAAACGGAGUGGCUUCAAGAGCGCCUUCCCCAAUAUCUCAGAGCAUGUGAAGGAGAAAGAUUAUUCGCGUUUUUGGCCCACCUUGAUCAGGGACUGGUUUAAACAGUUCCCAGAGGAAGCGGUAGUAUUUCCCGACAUUGCCGCUGACGCCCUUUCGCCGGAGCAACGUAUUGAGGUGGGAGAAGCUGAAAACAGGUGCAAAAUACAACUCCGGACUUGGUUUCGUUGGCGUGCGAAUGCGUCCAAGAAAAACCGUAGCCUGAAAAAGGAGUCAACUGUCUUCGAUGACGUGCUGCAGCCAAAACGACGUGCUAAGUCCGAGGCUGAGUUGUACUCCGAUAUCUACUAUGACGAGCGGAUCAAACUGUUGGUAAAGGCCGAAGAAGAGGCUGGGAAGGUGUCGUCAGGCAGACGAAUUGCGCUGGGGCGUAAAUUUUCUAAGGAGCUGUUGAAUGAUGAGGAUGAGGAGGUCAAGAUUCAGAUUCGUGACAUGUCUGGCAAGAAGAAUCAUUUAGACGAGGACAGCGAGGAUGACUGUGUGCCAUUUGAUGCGGAGGGAAUUGCGCAGGGCAUAGACGACUUACCUAUUAUCUGCCGGCGAUUCGCGCAAUUGGUCAAGAAGAAGACCGGUUUCCUCGUGUCCUUCAUGUUUGCUGGUCCAGAUCCAAGAAACGACUGGGAUAUGACCUCAUUAUUUUGCCAUCCCUCUGAAACUCAACAAGGCAGAACCUUCGCCCAGUUAUACCAAACGGCCGAUAGGAAUUUCCUAGAGGUGUUUCAGCAAUAUGCGGAAAUCAUCUUCCCAUCCGACAAGCGCAAGCCUAACGUUACUGUAGGGAACGAGGACAUGGAGUGCGGUGAGGAGGUGUAUGGUGAAGAGGUGCCCAAUGGCCAUGACGACGUCGAAGAGGACAAUGACAUCGAGUCCUUUGAUCAAGGGGAAGAGGAGCAAGAGGAGAAUGAAGGCUCCUUGCUGCUGCCUGAUGCUUCACUGGGUGAUGCAUCUGAUGCACCAGGAGCCACGCCUGAUGCAUCAAUAGGUGCAAUGGUUGAUGUACCCCUGCAGUCUGAUGCAUCAUCAUCAUACUCUAACUAUGAUGGUGUCUCCGCACCAAUUCCUCAUUCAUAUUCACCAGUAUACGUACCCCCGACCACCAAUUUGGUUCCCAACUUGUUCGGACCAUUCUAUGCGCCCCAAAUGUCCACCACUUCGGUUCCUAGUUCUUUUACUCCGGCAUAUACUGCCCCUCUCAUGUCCACUGAUGGGUUUACACCGGUCUACAACCCCUCUGUGUCGACCCCCAGCUUCUCAUUCCCUAAUACGUGGCAAGAUCUCAAUUGGACUGAUCCAGUCUUCCAAACAUCUCCGGCCUCUGCUGCUGCUUGGCUGCAGCAAAAUUUAUCGCCUGUUUCUGCUGAGCGCACUAGUCUGCAUGAGUCCAGUGCUGACUCGCUCCCAAUCUUGCCUCAUCCCAACCCACCCUCGCUUGACUCGCUCCCCUUCUUGCCUCAUCCCAACCCACCCCAGCUCCCCAUCUUGCCUCAUCCUAACCCACCUCAGGGUACACCCAACUCUCUCUCCGCUGUCAUAACCAAGCCGAUCACCAAAAAAACAAUCCUCGAGCCCAAGGCCACCCAAAAACCCAAGGCCGCUUCAAAACCCAAGCCAAAACCCAAGGCCAUCCACAAGCCCAAGGCCGCCACCACCCCCACGAUUACUAACCCACCCGGAGCUGAGUCUAGUUCAUCAGGGGAUGUAGCUCCUGGUGGAAUUACCAACGAUGAGUCUACGAAUACACGUGCAUCUAAGCGUGUCCCAGUUAAGUCCAGGCGUAACGAGCUGGCGGAUGCGAUUGGUACUGGGCCUUCCAUGAAACGGCCUGCGCAGAACGGGUCUGCGGGUGCUCAACAGAAGAAGCGGGCAAAGGUCUAG